AGAGAGCUCGAUGGAUAUCGCGAGACCUGGGCUGUUUUGGUUUUCCCCGCCUUCCUCAGGAGGCGGAAGUAGCUUCUCAGUCUCUUUUCUUCCGCGGUGGCUCUGAGGUCAAAAUGAAGUUCAAUCCCUUUGUGACAUCUGACCGGAGCAAGAACCGCAAGAGGCAUUUCAAUGCCCCUUCCCACAUACGGAGGAAGAUUAUGUCUUCUCCUCUUUCGAAGGAGCUGAGGCAGAAGUACAAUGUCCGCUCCAUGCCCAUUCGAAAAGAUGAUGAAGUCCAGGUAGUUCGAGGACACUACAAAGGACAGCAGAUUGGCAAGGUAGUCCAGGUUUACAGAAAGAAGUAUGUGAUCUACAUUGAGCGUGUGCAGCGGGAGAAGGCUAAUGGCACAACUGUCCAUGUGGGCAUUCAUCCCAGCAAGGUGGUUAUCACAAGGCUAAAACUGGACAAAGAUCGCAAAAAGAUCCUUGAACGGAAAGCCAAAUCUCGCCAAGUAGGAAAGGAAAAAGGGCAAAUAUAAGGAAGAAACAAUUGAGAAAAUGCAAGAGUAAAAAUUACAGACUGUAAUUAAAUUGCUAGAAUGGACAAA